AUGCGUGCGGUUCCAUCAGUGCAGGCCAUGUUCAUGCACCUGCGCGGCCAUACCUGCAAACAUUGUCUAGCCAUUGACGAGGCCCAUUACAAGAGACACCAAGACAUUGCUGAGCAGCUGCACGCUAUCUACAAGAGCUACGGCAGGGUCGACUGGACUAUAAUUCCGUCCGCACCCAAGAUUGCGGCUGAAGAAACACCGAGAGAUACCAACAACUCGUGUGACUAUGGUACCAAGAAUGACCGCAUAGCCAUGAUCGCAGGCAUGCUGUCGUCAAAGCGGGAGAAGAAGGACGCAAAGCGUUUGGUGAGAGCAGCCGAUAGAUCAAGAGUGAUCACUCAGGAAGAGAUUCAAUACAUUGAUUCCGUCAUCCACUCUGCCGAUGGAAUGACCAGCAAUGAAACUGAAGGGCGGCCCAACCCUGAAGAGGUUGAUGGGAUUGAGAAGCAGCUUCGCUAUCAUACCCAGGUAUACAAUGCACGAGGAAACCGCGACCGGCUUGAAAGUCUCACAGACAAUUCUAGCAAGAUGCAAGAAGCGGAAUUUGACGCUGAGAUGGACCGUAUUCUGAACGUCUUUCACAUCGCCAGGUCUACAAAAGAGCUCGAAAACUUCCUCACGCUUGUCAAUGCCUUAAAAUUGGCUAUAACUGAAAACAUUGCGCAAGUCAAGAGAGAUAUUGCAGAAGUGCGCAUGCGACGAGCAGGCUAUCUACGAUACGUCAACAGAGCCUCGUAUGAGAUUGUAGCGGACAGAUAUUCCACCAAAAGCUGGAAAACGGGUGAGAAAUCAGCGACGAGCGCAUUCAAUCCCAGUAAAAAGACAAUUCCAGCCACAGAAAACAAUGCAUCAUCAAGAUCCUACUCCUGGUCGAGCGCUUGUUUCACUCGUAUAAAGAAAACAAUCAUGCCAUCAUCCACAGAUGGCUGGAUCACUACUACAAAUGGUACAAGGUCGAAAGCAACCGCUCUUAGGUCGCUCGUCUGGGAUGAUUUCUCAAGCCAGCAGUCUCAGCUCGCUCGUACCUCAUUACAUACAGAAACAUCACCCUUGGACCAGUCUUCUGCGAAUCGCGACUCUUUUGACGAACCUUCCUCCAACGCCCCGGCUGUCAAGUAUUCUUUAACCCAAUUAUCUAAGGAACCAGAGACUUUCGCUACAGAACUAGAGGAGAAAGCUGCCGCCGAGCAUGUUAUAGUCUCACAAAAGAAGAAAUCCAAGAAGUUACGCGAGGCGAAGCGCAAGGCUAGGAAAAUUGACAUGAUUAAAAACAGUGGAGCUUCCAUCGCCAGCAAAAGAGCGAAUAACCAAGUUACCGAAGCUGCCGAUACGUCACUCUGUGACAUUUCAACGGUGUUGGAAGCUGGCAGUCAGAGCUCAGAUACGGAAGAAAUUCCAUUAGCAUUGCUGAGUCAGGAUAUAGUCAGUGUUGGCUAUGAUAUGGAUCAGACAUCAAAGAAUACUGGAUCUACCACAACUUCGCUUCAGGAUGUAUCGAAUGUCCUUCUCCCUGGGCCUAUGCCAGUCACAACACAUGGAAAGCAAUCGCAUUGGAGAAAUUUUGUACUCAACUUCACUGCAGAUCAGCUAACAAACCCUUUGCUACCAUCGUGGGGUGUUUGCUCAUACGAAUCUUGGUGCAUGUUUGAGAAGAACCGUAUCUUGGACUGUCCAUUUCACCCGCCUCGUAUGUACAGUCUAGCUGCCUCCUAG